GAUUCGCUAAAGACACUCCUUGCCCCUUGUCUAUGUAUGCUGCUUCAUUCAACAAUCCCCGGGUCCAUGGAAAAUUUCACUCCUUGAUAUUUCAAAGUUGAUUGUACGGACUAUUACUUUGGUCUCCCUCAUCCUCCGAAAUCUCGAGAUCUGCAAAAUUGUCAGUGCAGAUGCUGCUAUAACCAGCCAGAAAUUAUCCUCAAGGACUGUGUCAAUAGUUUGAUCCAUAUCCGCAAUUCAUGAUGACGUCCUCGCUGUCGAAAACCAAUGUUGAUUAUUCACUUUAUUUGGUGACCGAUUCCACUCCAAACAUACUGGGUGAUCGAGAUCUCGUUGAAGUUGUCGAAGCUGCCUUGGAAGGUGGUUGUGGCUUGGUCCAAUAUCGAGACAAGACUAGCAGUACAGCUGUGCUUGUUUCCACAGCAAAACGGCUUCAUGCUGUGACUCAGAAACACGGCGUUCCUCUUCUGAUCAAUGAUCGUGUUGAUGUUGCUCUUGCAGUCGGUUGUGAAGGAGUUCAUAUUGGUCAAGAAGAUUUGAGUACAACAUCAUUCCUGUUCCACAUAUAUUCCCCCUGACAAUCUGACUUUGUUAGACCUGCCGACUGCUAGAAAACUACUUGGAGAUAAUGCUAUUAUCGGUGUCACGGUGUCUGCCAUCGAAGAGGCACAGAUUGCUUGUAAAGAUGGCGCAGACUACCUGGGAAUUGGCACCAUAUUCCCGACUGCAACGUAAGAUACACCUUGCGAUACUGGGUGUUGCUGAUAAGUAUUCUCAGAAAAACGAAUACCAAGGACAUAAUCGGUACCGCCGGAACAAAGGAGAUUAUGCGCUCUAUCAGAGAAUGGCCCGUUCGAACUGUCUGUAUUGGUGGAAUCAACUCGUCAAAUAUACAGCGGGUUUUGUACCAGUCUGUGUAUCACUCCACACCUUUUCAUAAAAACCUCGACGGAGUUGCACUUGUUAGUGCUAUUAUGGCCGCUGAAGACCCUAAAAAGGCCUCACAAGAUCUUCUCCAACUCAUCCAAACUCCGCCAGCAUUUGCUGCAUCCUCGGUAGCGAGCCAUCAAAGGGUCGUCAAGGUGUUCGACCUCAUGGCCCAAGUGCCUAGUGUUCUCAUGCAAGUCGCUGAGCAAAAGCCCCUCUCACACAACAUGACCAAUCUAGUUGUCCAAAACUUCGCAGCAAACGUUGCAUUGGCAAUUGGUUCAUCUCCCAUUAUGGCAAAUUAUGGCGAGGAGGCUGCAGAUCUAGCUAAACUUGGCGGGGCAUUGGUUGUCAACAUGGGCACUGUUACUCCGGAUGGUCUUGAGAAUUAUGCCAAAGCAAUAAAAGAAUACAAUAUGGUCGGCGGACCGGUUGUCUUUGAUCCAGUUGGCGCUGGAGCGACUGCUGUGCGAAGAGCUUCCGUCAAGACGCUUCUGGCUGCAGGAUAUUUCGAUGUCAUCAAAGGAAAUGAAGGGGAGAUCAAAACGGUAUUCGGCAUGUCCGUACAACAGAAAGGAGUCGACACUGGUUCUAGCACCUCUACAUUGCUUGAAAAGGCAACCAUCGUGCGAGAUCUCGCGGCAAGAGAGCGGAAUGUGGUUCUCAUGACUGGAGCUACUGAUUUACUGAGUGAUGGCGUACGAACCUACGCAAUUCACAAUGGAUGUGAUAUGCUGGGCAAUAUCACAGGAAGCGGCUGUGUUUUGGGGACCAUCAUCUCAGCUAUGGUGGCUGUCUCAAGAGGUGAUAAACUGGUUGCUACUUUGGCUGGGGUUCUGCUCUAUGAGAUUGCCGCCGAGAGGGCCAUGGAAAAAGAGGAUAGUGAUCAUCAGAAAGUCGUCAAGGGGCCUGGAACUUUCGUACCGGCUUUGAUUGAUGAGUUAUCUUCGUUGAACAACCCAAAACUCGGAAUUCCGUGGAAUACAUGGCUUCCGAGGGCCAAGGUUGAUGCGAUAGACAUCUGA